CGUCACUAGCGGAGCAAUGGCGAACGACGACGACUCGCGCGAAGAUAUCUGUGAUUGUUUGUUAUCAACGCGCGUCUAUCUGUGUCUAUCGCGCGCGUAGCCUGUGAUUUUCAUCAGUCUUUUUGCUUCUUCUCGCUUGAGACAGCGCGAGGCGAAAGAUUGCGCCUCGAAAAGACUGCAUUUGUUUGUAGAAGAGAAGGGUGAGGAAAAAAAGAGUGAUAGUCGGGGAGCGAGGAUAAUGCGCGACUUCGACAGGACGAGAGCAUAAAAGUGCGGACAUAACGUGAGAGUGUUGGAUCCUGGUAUUUCGUGUCAAUUGCAUCACGCCGAUAUUGAAUGACAGAGAACGAUGCUCGAUCCAUGAAGAUCGACACAUUGGUGAACAAACGGAGGACAAGUGAGUGUCGCAGAUGCCUCUUUCAGCUGGCUCCUCGAGAAGACUACAAGAUGCUACAACGUUCUUCCGCUAACUCUUUACUCUAACAUCAUAAAGCAUGACAAUGCACAGCUUUAAGAUACAAGAUGAACUUGACCAGUGUCAUUGACGACAAUAAGUUUAUAGCAGACAAUGAAUAAUAUACAUCAAAAGCUGAUAAAACACAUCUAUCCGAAAUACAUGAUCAAUGUAACCUGGGAUCGACCCCGUCAAGUUGAAAGAAAUGUUCAAGGGGCAUCGUGUAUAAUUCUUACGUCGGCGAGAAAUUAUUGUGGAAUACACAACAAGGUCAUCGAGUAUUUGCUGAGACAUUCAGGCUAUGAGUAGCCAAAAAACUAAAACGCUAUCUUCACUAGCUAACGAUGGAUCUCUGAGUCCGCUGCAAUAACUCCCUGAUGCACUUCUGGCUCAACAAACCGCCGGGCAGGUUCGGCGGCCGAUAUCCUGCCACACCUAUGCCCAAAUCACACAGCCAAUGUCGGCGCAGCGGCCAACAUAGGCAAAUGAUGAGUCCUGUGCAUCAAUUCCAGGGCCUCGCAGGUAAUCUCGCAGCCGGAAACGCAUCUCCAGCCGGACCUAGUAAUGUCAAUAACUCCUACCGAAGCUUCGCUCGUUCAACGACGUCUGCGCGAAUCCAUAACAAUGAGAAUCAUCAUCACGGUUCGUCAUCGCUCAGCGCCGUCCAACUCGCUCAGCUGAACAACAUCCCCAACAAUGUCACCGACGCUAGCAACAAUCAACUAAUUCUGUCUAAUACGACCGGCAUGAAUAGUACAGAACGGAAUAGAAGCCUACUAACAGGAAGCGUCUUUGAAUUACGGCAGGCUGAGUUGGCCGGCUUCCGACUGCGCUGUGGGAUUUGGUCUACCUUUGCUCUAGCAACAGUCUUUGUAGCGGCGGCUAAAUUCUACUUCGGUUAUCGGGGGCCUGGCCUGGAGAUACUCGUGUUUUGCGGGCUACUGAUAUUUCUGUUGUCCGCUUGUUUAUACUCGAUCUUCUGCAAGUACAAUCAUGAAAGGAAUUACAAUUACAAUAGUCGGUCAGAGCAUAAUGCUCGUAUACAGGAGGAUCAUAUCGUUGCCCUAACAAACGCGUCCAGCAUCGGCGACAGCAUUGUCAGUAGAACGACGGCAACAGUGCCGACGACGACGGUGAGGCAGAACCUUCCUCCACCACCUUAUCACAUCGCUAUCCUGAUACCGCCGCCAUCACAGCCGCCACUUGCACCUUUAGACGAGGCGCCGCCACCCUCUUACGACAAGAUCUGCGAUGAAAUCGCCGACGCGGCGUAAAAUCGAACUAAAACGCUUGUCUAAGAAUUCUUCCUUCGACAUUUUUAUGUCCGCUACGUAAAGCAGCACAAAUCAAUUCUCUAGGUUUAAGCAACAUUGACGUCUGUGAUAAGAGCGCAAUGAUGAUGACACAUCGACAACACAUCGGGGGUUUGAUUCGGGGAAAGAAAAGAUUCACGCGGCGAUAUUUUUUAGUGGGCAUUACUGAGAGAGCCGCGCUCCGCCAAUGAAUUUCCGUUUGGUCGGAUAAAAUGUAUUAUAUUCUAAUCUUUUUAUACUUUACUAUAUGAAACUGUGUGAUAUAUUUAACUUAGGUUUAGCUGCAACGCAGCGCGUUGCUGGAUACUUGGUCGAUCCAUUCAUUUAUUCUUCCAGUUAGGACUUUCGCGAGGGGACCGCUCACAUUCGAACGCGGUUCUUCGAGGUGUAUAAUUCCAAGAAUUCACUCGAUUAUGUUCGAUUACUUAAUUGUCUUCACGAUCUUAUAGAACGUGUAUACAAAGAAAUAUACAAAGAUAACACACACACACACACACACACACGGAUGUGUGUACAUAUAUAUACACACAGAUACAUAUGAAAGAAAAUAAACUUACGAAUUUGAGCCUAGGUGUCAAAUUUGCAAAACAUGUGCAUAAUCGUCACUCAAGAUAAAGUGGUAAUAGUAGCCGCGCGCGUUUGGCGUACAAUUUCUGUUAUCAAAUAGGUGUAACAUUUUGUCCACCAAACACGCUCGUUACCAAAUAUCGUAUAUACGAUAUACAUUGCGUGCUUCACGUGACAUAGAAGAAGCACGCGCAUAUGACGUUUUACGAUAGUUUAUGAAUAAUACGGAAAUGUUAAGCUACGAGUUUUCGUGCGAAAUAUAACACGAUUUUGUAUUUCUUUUUCCAUGAAUGCAAAGUAAGAGCGAGAGAAAGAGAGAGAAAGAAAGAAUGUAUGCACAAAUGUAAAUGACCGUUUAUGUCAUAACUCUGUAUAUUUAAGAACAGCUACAUAUAUAAUACAUGAUGUGAGAUCCUGUUUGAAUGUUCUUCGUAACUAUAAGUCGCAAGUGUAUUGUAAUGUACAAAACUCAUCGUCAUUUCUAACUGCACUUACAAUCUCGUUUUUAUUUCAAAGAUACAAAAGCAAAACUCUGUUUCUGUAUGACGAUAAAUUAUCGAUUUAUUCAAAAAGUAUUGCGAAAAGCGGAACGGAAAAUAAAGUGGAAUUACAGAAUAUGAAUUUUGCUUUUAUACUUUUUCAAGUUUCUUUUCUGCCUGAGUGUAUGCAUUUAUUUUAUUUUGAAUUAUAGAAAGUCUAAGACAGUGCAAUCGAAGAAGAGCACAGGGACCUAUUUUUCCUACAUCAUUUCAUAAUUUAAGAAAAUCGCGGUCGAUGCGCAUGUCGUUUCGUUCGUAAAAAGCAUGUUCAUUGAGUCCGUUCUUAUUUACACUUU